AGUAUGCACAGGAUUGCGUGCAAAAUGAAGCAGUUUCAAGUCUGCCUGAAACGCACCCACGGUAGGUGCGUCGCGCUGCAAGCCUGGUUCUUUCUCUGGGCAACGGGGCUCAGCUUCAAGUUCUUGCGGGGCCCUUCGCGAUUUGGGCGCCCCAUUCGCGCCGUUAGGCUCGCCCCUCCCGCUGCUGCGCCUAUCAAAAAGCCGCGGCCCCGGGCGACAGGUUUCGUAGCCCCACCCCUGGCGCUCCAUGUGCGGAGCGUGAGGCCGGUUCCGCCUCCCGCGGCCAGUCCCUCUCUGGAGCUGAAAAUGGCUGCUGUCACGGGGGCGCUAGGAAGGUUACUGAGGCCCUCGGUCUUCCCCUGGAGGGCGUGCGCCGCUGCCGGAAGGUGCCUUACAGCCGCCGCGGCUGCAGGAGGGCGGAAGUGCGCGGACGGUGCGGCGCCCGCUUUUCCUCGGCGGCAUUUCAGCACUAGUUCUUCAAGGUUUGUUCCUGCUGUCACCCAGCAUGCUCCCUAUUUCAAGGGUACAGCUGUGGUUAAUGGGGAUUUCAAAGAGCUGAGUUUAGAUGACUUUAAAGGAAAAUAUCUGGUUCUUUUCUUCUACCCUUUGGACUUCACGUUCGUGUGCCCAACAGAGAUUGUCGCCUUCAGCGACAAAGCUAACGAAUUCCAUCAGGUGAACUGCGAGGUAGUUGGUGUGUCGGUGGAUUCUCACUUUACUCACCUCGCCUGGAUAAAUACACCACGGAAGAAUGGCGGCUUGGGGCACAUGAAUAUCCCACUUCUGUCAGACUUAACGAAACAGAUCUCUCGAGAUUAUGGUGUGCUUUUGGAAGGGCCUGGUCUUGCAUUAAGGGGUCUUUUUUUAAUUGAUCCUAAUGGAAUUAUCAAGCACUUGAGCAUCAAUGACCUCCCUGUUGGUCGAAGUGUAGAGGAAACACUUCGCUUGGUGAAGGCGUUCCAGUUUGUAGAAACGCAUGGAGAAGUCUGUCCAGCAGAUUGGACUCCACAUUCCCCCACGAUCAAGCCAAAUCCAGAAGAAUCAAAGGAGUAUUUUGAGAAAGUAAAUAAAUAAGAUCAUGAGUAAUAAUGAGGUAGAAGUAGACUACAUUUCCUCCAAACAAAGCUGACUUCCAGAAAGAGCAACUAUCAUUGUAAUAAAACUUCAAAAUUAUUUUAAUAUCUGUUGUGAUGGAAAAGUUGUUAUAUUUUGCAAGGUGUUUACUAUAGGGAUGAGUGACUUUGUCCCCAAGUGGAUUUAAGCAACACUCAUGGUGUUUCUUACAUGCAGCAUACUCAGAAACAAAAUAAUGCCUACCUACCCAUAUUAAAUCUGGGAUAUAUCCAUGCUUUUGAAUUGCUUACAAGGUAAACUGCAGGCUUCCCCUUCUUUAAGGAGCUGGUUAGAUUUUUAAAACAAAACAACCCCCACCCCAGUAGGUUCUGCCUUUUCCACCUAAACAGCCCAUGCUUUUCUUUUGGCCAUAGGUGGGAUGUAUUACAGAUGUAUAUUCACAGAUUUAGGAUUAAACUUGUUCUGCAAUGGGGUUUUGUGCACAGAUAAAUGCAAUGCUUAACUCCUGCACCUCUGCAAGGAAAGCCAACACAACAUGUGAAUGGUGAACUGAAAAUUGAAGUAAUUAAACUUUAAGAUUCCUGCAAUAUGGGACACCUAUAGGAUGAAAUAAAGUGAAGGAUUAAUGCUUUUCUUUUACAAAUAAACCCAAGGUGAAGCUGUGAACCAAAAAUCUUUGUUGGUGGUGUUGCUCAACAGACUCAUGCCUUCUAUGAAAUUGUUGAAUAGCUGACGUUGUCUGUUGCCACUUUCACAUGUAUUUCAUGGUAUGUUUGUAAUUAUGGGGUCGAUCCAUUAAUGGGUCUGUGAAUUACUACAGCUUGUUUCUAGAAUGAUAUUGAACAUCUGUAUCAAAAUAUGCAGCUAUGAAUUAAAGACACUUCCGAAAAACAGAA